CUCAGUGACUGGUUCUUGCAAAUCAUGGCGAAACAAAAUAAACGUGGAACACCAACAAAUGUGGCAUUAGACGCCACUAAACAAAAGGAAUUCAAUCAAAAAAUACAUAAAAUUAAGAAAAAGAAAACCCCGGUUACUGCCAGCUCAGCAGUUACAGACAGCCCAGCGGUAACAGCCAGUCCAGCGGAGAAUAUCCCAGGAGUAGUGUACAUGUCUCGCCUACCAUGGGGUUUUGAAGAGGAGCCUAUGAGAGAAUACUUCAAGCAGUUUGGAACUAUCAAGCGGAUGCGAGUUGCUCGCAGUAAAAAGACAGGGAACAGUAAAGGCUAUGCAUACAUACAGUUUACACACGAUGAUGUCGCCAAGAUUGUGGCCGAAACCAUGAACAAUUACCUCAUGUUUGGAAAACUCAUUAAAUGCAAGCACCUGCAAAGGCCUCACCCAGCCACAUUCAAGCACGCUCGGCGACAGUUUCUUGCACCCGUCGCCCAGAAACACGCCAUCAGCGAACGGAACAAGCCCAAGACAGAGGAGACGCUAGAGAAAAACAAGAGUAAACUGCUGACCAAGUUCCGGAAGAAGAUGGUGCAACUGGCAGAGCAGGGCAUAGAGUACUCUUUGGAGGGAAUGGACGUCCCAAAGAAAACAGAGACAGAAACGAAAGAAAAAGCUGAGUCCCCCAAACAGCAAAGAAAGCGCAAGCCUUCGGAUGAGUGGAAAACAAUGGGCACACCAGAAACCAAGAAACAACUCAAAACUCCCAAGUCUGUAUCCAGGAAAGAGAAUGACAAUGAACAGGAGAAAUCAGAGACAAAACCCCCCAAGAAAACUCCCAAGAAAACCCCCAAGAAAACUCCUAAAACACCCAAAAAUCUUUCACUACUUCCCAAAACUGUCAACACUCCCCAAGGGAAGAUGAAUGUCGUGAUCGAAGAUAGCAGCGAGGAUGAGAUCAUGUUUAAAACUCCUCCUCAGUCUAUCAAAUCUUCCAAACUUGAGCUUGUUACAGACUCUGACUCCACACCCGCUACGCCUGCUGGUAGGAAUGCAAAGGGACUUAAUAACAGCAAGGGAGGUAAAUCUGGAGAAAGAACAGGAAAAAUGCAGCUCAGGUCUGCAGGGAGGAAAAGUUUCGGUGGAAAAGGGACUUUGAAGGGGACCCCGUCACAGGGGAAAAAGAGGCGUUCGCAAUAGUGGCUUCAUUCUUGGUUUUAAUGUCAUACCUGUCACAUAUGGUAGAAAGAAAUGAUUUUGUGUUCCUAUUAUUAAUGAUAUGCUUUUAUGUACUGAAUAAAUUGUCAGAAAAAUA